CUCAUGUCGGUUUCUCUGACUAAAGUUCUACUUCCUCACUUAUCUCUCUAGAACUAGCACUGACUUGAUCGUUGGAGUGCUAACGAGUGGCUCCAGCCCUCUAGGCGUUAGUUUUGCAGGGUCUGAGCGCCUGUGGUGCGGCGGUUAGGGUGCGCUUGGAAGAGUGAAGUAUCCGGGCUUCAACAAUUGGCGCGCCAGGAAGGGGGGCAUAGCCUGAGAGGAUAUAGGAAGAUGGAAGACUUGAAUGAAGAAAAUGCGGGCGUGGACGAUGCGAGGACGGAGGACUCCAGUCAUGAGGGGAGCGGGCAACGGUCUAGCCCAGUGGUGAGCAUGGAGGUAGAGGAAGAAAGUCGUGAGCACCCAUCUUUUGAGAGUGACUCAUUGUCAAAGAGGGAGCUGUUUAAGAUCAUCGCGGACCAGAACAAGGCAAUAGCCAUGCUUCGGAGGGAAUUGGAAGGAGGAAGGAGCGCCGAUACAAGAGAGUACAGCCCCCCAAUAAGGAAGCGUGACAGGCUCAUGGAUGAUUCGGACGUUAGUGAGUACGGGCGCCCAUACUAUGAAGGGCCGCAUGCGGAAGUUACACCACCUAGGCGCCCGGGUGUGUGGAGAGCGCCUGGUGAGUUGGCCGGCUCGGGGCCGGAGGAGCAAAACCCAUGGACGCCUAGACGCCAGACCAGGCGCUUUGGGAUCAGGCAACCCCUGGCGCAAGUGAAUGGUUUGAAAAUGGUUUGAAAAUGGUUUGAAAAUGGUGAUACUGACUUGUUCCAUCCCUUCUCACGGCAGCAAGACAUCUGGUGGAAAAGAGCAGAUGCGAUAGAAAUGGGAUCAACAACUUUCGUCCGAAGGAUUCCUCGAGAUGAUGAUGUGGUGCAAGAGAAUCCAACAAUUUGUGAAAAUUGCAGCCACUAUUAAUUAGUUGCUUAUGCUUGUGAAUGAAAUGUGAGAGGGAUGACAAGGCUACCCCAAAAAUUUUGGGUUUUUUAGUCAAUGUGGAGAAUUUUCUUCUUGUUCGGGUAAUGGUAAACACCUGCAAAAAAAGUUGUGAGAUGAGUUGGAGAUGAAUUUAGGGUGUAAUUCAGACUAUUCAGUAUUCAAUUUCUAUGUCCGUAUUCAAUUUCUUUUUUAUUACAUGCAAUCAAUUAUAUGUUAUUUUAUUUGUUCUCCGACAAAAUUUCUAAUAAACAGAACUCUGAACU